UCAAAGUUCUCUGGGCAACGGUAGGCAAGAUGAUUUAUAAACAAAAAUUGAGCUUAAAAAAUGCCAAUAAUUGUAUCAAAUUUUGAAAGAAAACUGUAGUCUAAACUAUAUAAAUUGUAAAACUGGUGUGUAAAGGAUUUUUGUAAAUUAAAAGAAAUAAGCGACAUGGCUUCAGUUAACGUUCGGGAUCAAAAGAUCGAACAACAACGACAAUUAUUAGAACAGAAGAUGAAACAGAAACGACAAAAUUCUGGUAUGGUCCAGGCUAACGAUUUAAGAGUGGGUUCUGCUAAACGUCCGAUAUCUGGAAGUCGGUCUCGUGAACUUCAUGGAUAUGAUGGUCCCAUGCAAUUUCUUAUGUCGCCAGUCAAUCCCGAUCAAGUUAUACCCCUCCAAACAAAUAGAAUAUCCACCUAUGAUGAAUUAGGAAAUCAAAUUGAAGUCCUAACAGUGGGGGAUGAUGUUGGGGAAGGGAGUGGCGAAGAGGAAGGAGAAAGUGUCCCAGUAUGCAGCAUGGGACGAGAUGCGAGUACGGACGACGUGUGUGCUGAUGCAGCCGUCGCUCCACUCCAAGGCCGUCCUCGACGAGAUGUUUCACCAAGCCAGACGGCGGAGAUUGAAGGAUCUGUGGAAGGUUCCGUGGAGACGUUUGUAAUAACUCCAGCAAAACAUGGAACAUUGUACAAGUGUCGUAUCGCACGUGAUAGAAAGGGCAUGGAUCGAGGGUUGUAUCCGACGUACUUCUUGCAUCUUGAAAAAGAUUAUGGCAAGAAAGUGUUCCUGUUAGCUGGUCGAAAACGUAAAAAAUCAGCAACAUCGAACUAUCUUAUAUCAACGGAUCCGACCGAAUUGACACGCCAAGCUGAUAGUUUCGCUGGAAAACUAAGAUCCAAUCUCCUUGGCACGGCUUUCACGGUCUACGACAACGGUAAAGCUUGGAGAAAAAACCAUAGGGACCCGCCUCGACACGAACUUGCCGCUGUUGUUUAUGACACAAACGUCUUAGGCUUCAAAGGACCUCGCAAAAUGACUGUCAUCUUACCAGGUAUGACACCCGAUCGACAAAGAGUUACAAUUGCACCGCAGGACGACAGUGAAUCACUCCUCGAACGAUGGAAAAGCCAAAACUUCGACGAUAUAGUGGUCCUACACAACAAAACGCCCGUUUGGAACGACGAGACACAGUCGUACGUCUUAAAUUUUCAUGGACGCGUUACUCAGGCAAGUGUGAAAAACUUUCAGAUCGUACACGACUCGGAACCGGAUUAUGUCGUUAUGCAAUUCGGUAGGAUCUCCGAGGAUGUGUUCACUAUGGACUUUAGGUAUCCACUGUGUGCGUUACAAGCAUUUGGUAUAGCACUCAGUUCGUUUGACAGUAAAUUGGCAUGCGAGUAAUUUUAUUAUCCUAUCUUUUUGUAUUGAUUAUUAUUAUUCUUAUUGGCUACUUAAAAUAAAUUAAUAAUUAAUUUAAUUCAAUCACAAAUAGAAGAAGAAUAUCAAAUUAUGAAGUCCAGUGUUUAAUCAUGUUUACAUUCCAUUUAUUUAAAUUUAAUUUAUAUUAUUAAUAAAAUAUACACACUUUAAAACCACUCAUAUAUAAAAUUGUAAAUUAUUUAUAAUAAUAUACUAAAACAACAAUAAAUUACUGAAGUCUAUUUUUAACUAUGGAGUACUUAAAAUUACUAAGAAGAUAUAACCAUCAGCACAAAAAUAAUACAUACAUUAUAUUUGCUUCUACAUGCUAUUGCAAAAUAAUAUCUAAUUUAGAAUCACACAUAUAAAAUUAGACAAUGGAGACAUAAAAAAAGAAUGAUAUCUCUAUGGUUUAAAAAUAGACUAAAAUAAUUAAAAAGCUUUACGAAUAAUUUAUGUUUAUAUUUUAUGAAACAAAACGCACAUAAUAUAAUUUUCGGUGCUUAUUCGACUAAGGUUGUGUUUAUGAAUUAGUUUCAUCGAUUAAUCAGUGAACGAAGUAGUUACGAUAGUUUGUAUAG